AUGAAAGAGAAUAAUGAAGGAGUUAUUCGGCUGGANGAAAUCAAGCUAAAAGAGCAUAAAGAUCCUAGUGAUGUAACUUUGGUGGUGAAAGAUGGAAAGGAGUUUCAGGCUCAUAGAAGCGUCCUUUCGCAGGCGAGCAGCUUCUUUGAAAAGCUCCUGAACAGCGACAUGAAAGAGAAUAACGAAGGACUUAUUCGGCUGAAGAUGGUAACAGAGUCUCAGAUGGCAGACAUCCUGGAGUUUAUCUACACUGCUCAAUUGUCAAAAACUGAACUUGUUGUUGCAGAAGUCAAUGAGUGUGAACUCUUCCCAGAGCUGUGUUUGUACGGCAAAUGUACCGAUACUCGAACCAGCUAUCGGUGUGAAUGUCCGCUUGGAUACACACUUGGUCCGAGAGGAGUCGUUUGUAAAGACGUGGAUGAGUGUAAGAUGACUCCAUGUAAGAAUGGCAGCUGUUUGAACACGUUUGGAAGCUUCCUCUGCACUUGUCCUCCAGGAUCAAAACUCGACAUCACAGGUCUUACCUGCAUAGAUUUGGACGAGUGUCGCGAACCAGGUUACUGCGAUUACGGACGAUGCGAAAAUUUCAUUGGAGGGUUUAACUGCCGUUGUGACAGAGGCUUCGUUAAAUCAAACGACAACAAGACUUGUGUCGAUGACGACGAAUGUUCACAGAUCAGCGGUAUUUGUGGUAACGGGACAUGCGUGAAUACCGUGGGGUCGUUUCUGUGUAACUGCCAUGAUGGAUUCAGACGUGAUCGGCGCGGAUAUUGCGAAGGUAAGUCGGUGGACAUCAUUGCUUAAUUGCUGAGGUGUUGAAUAUUCUCGUGCCAGAAGUUAACAAUAGGAUGUGUCUCACAAGGACUGAGAACUACGGAAUUCACGAAUUUUAUUGGCUGAAAUCAGGGCGCUUAUCUUGUCCUUCAGUGAAAUCGACAAGCGAAAAAUAAUCAAAAGCUUGGUUAUGUGCAUGCUGGCCGAAAUAUAGCCCCUGUUAAACGUACUCAGACACUGGAAAGAAGCAGAGACAGGGCUGCGCAAACUUUAAUUUCCGCCUACUUAGGCUUAAUUUCCAAGAGCUUGGACGAUAUUUUCGAAUCUUAAGGAUUUGAAAACCUUGUCCUUCAGUGAAAUCGACAAGCGAAAAAUAAUCGAAAGCUUGUUUACGUGCAUGUAACGGCAUCGAUCCACACACAACAGACGUUUCAACUCCAUUUUAUUCGUAGAGAACUAGUAGGUAAAACCUGGGUGACAAAAUUACAAAAUGUGUCUUGUAAUGAUACGAAGUGAACAACAUUGAAAAUACAGGUAGCAAGAGAAAUUAAACUUCACAUUGUUCAUACAUACGUUGUUGUUCGUUCUCUGCCGUUCUGAACAUCGACACCGUCCUUUGUAAACUAAGAUAAACCUGAAC